GGUCUUCAGACUGGAGCCACAUCAUGUCAGACUGGUCACCUGGUGGCUCAUAAUGGUUGGACUGGUUUGGCUCACACAGCCUUUUGGACAUUUAAACCAUGAAGAUUGUGACAACUGCAGCGUUUCUGCACCUUUGCUUUUGCGCCUCAGCUGCAGUUUCGGAUAGUGACUCCACCGAAACGGCUCUGGUGGCAGCACCGGGCGACGUCGCCGAGCUUCCUUGUUACACCGUCGGUAAGGCGACACCGCUUCGCACGACGUGGACGAAGAAUGGGCGAGAGGUCAUGACAGGCGAAGCUUCUUCGCCCGGCGAACUUCGCCUGGAGGUGACGAACUUCGGCAGUCUGAAAAUCAAACAGGUGAUGCUUGGAGAUGAGGGAGACUACCUGUGCGGCUCCACGCUGCCGGGAAACAACACCUUCCACGCACGGGUGUCGCUGCAAGUCACCAGUGGUCCAGAAAAUGUUUCCGCGUCCAUCGGUCCAGCGACCGCCCUCUCCAACGGGACGCUCAUCGUCUUUCGGGGGUCGAGCGUCUCCUUUAACUGCUCCGGCUCCUCCUACCCGUCUCAGCGGCUCACCUGGGCCUUCAGAGGAGACUCGUCCAGCAACGAGUCUCUGGCCUCCAACAACGGGUCCUGGCUGGACUUCAGGAUGGAGGACGUUCAGCCCAGCGCUCAGGGAGUUUAUAGCUGCAUGGCCCACAACCCGGUCUCUGAUCAGGCAGUCAACAAGAGCACACAGCUGCUAGUAUACUAUGUCCCGGACAGACACCCUGAGUGCAUGUGGGCACCAGCUCAGGACUCCUCCCACGUCCACUUCAACUGCAUCUGGUUCGGAGCGUAUCCCGUCCCGACGCUAGGCUGGGGGGUCGACCAGGGCGACCAAGGAGCUCCCGGGAGUGGAAACGUUUACGCGUCGGAGAUGACGGAGAGCCUGUCGGUGACGCUGAACCGCUCCAUGAUGUCGGACGGGCAGACGGUGCGGUGCAAAGCCCAGCACCUAGCGCUCGGUCCCGGGCCGGAGAAGUCGUGUUCGUUUACCCUCAAAUCUCCGUACCCUGAAGGCGAGCCGCUGGCCACGGCGCUGGAGGAGACCAACGUGACCCUAACCUGCACCGAGUUGGUGUCCAUCCCCCCCGCCAACACCACUUGGAGAAAGGGGCUCCAGCAGGAGGACAUCAUCCCCGGAUCGAAGUACGUCCUGUCUGAGGAAGGCCCCGUCCUCAAGCUGCAAAUACUCAACGUCAGCAAGGACGACGAAGGCGUCUACUUCUGCCGCAGCGAGAACCCCCUCGCCAUCCGAGUGCUGGAAGUCUACCUCACUGUGAAGAAGACCUCCUCUGCAUACACGGGAGCGAUCAUCGGAGUCUUUAUCGCCGCUCUGAUCGUGGGAUCCGCUGCAAUCUUAGCUAAAACCCUUUACUUCAACCGACACAGAAUUUGCCUGGGUGACGGCUUUGGGCAAGUGGACGAUGACAGAGGAGACGUGCUGAGUCUGGUGGAGUCGGACGACGAGCAGAUCUUUCAAGAUGCCGUUCCCCGUCUGCCCCCGUUAACCAACGGACACCAGACGACGCUCGUCCAGAUACACCGGAUCCCAUCGAGUGAUCAUGAGGACACAGAAACUGCUGACACAAGCCCUCAGCAGCAGGAGGACACUGUACAGACGGAGGAGCCAGUGGAUCUUGUAACAUUUUAGGUUUUGGGUGUUUUUUAGAUACGUGUUUUAAUUUCCGUGGAUACCAUUUAGUCCCAAUGACAAUGUGAACAGAAUUGGUGGAAGACACAAAAAAAAAAGAAAAUCAAUGCCUUUCUAAUUUGUUAAUUUUUUUAAACAGGGUUAUACAUUUUUUGUAAGCUUAUUUCUAUGAUUUUGUUUGUACAGCAUUGUGAAUGUUUUGCUCUGAUAUUGACAUUUGUGCAGUAAAUUAAGCUGUUUGAAACAUAAUGUGAUGUGAGACGAUCUAUUAGUACUUACUCCCAUACAUACAAUCCCCCCCGUGUUGUACUUGUACACAUAUCAUUCAGAGAUGAGCUAUGACGAUGUACUUUAGACUGUGAACCAUUUUAAAUAUGUGGUGGAGUGAGUUUGUCAGUCGUGUUAUUUGUGUAGGAUGUAGUGGAGGGUAAAAAUACAGAAACUCAGAUUUCUCACCUUCCGGAAAUCACUUAAAUCCAGCCAAGUUGAAAUGAGAUCUGGGGCAUUAGUGAGCGUGAAAUACCGUUUUUUAUACUCCGUAUGUGAGUAUUGGUACUUUAACAAUAUUUUGAGAUAAGUUUGUUCUUUGUAAAUAUUUUAACUAUGAUCUUAAAGUGAAAUCACAGAAAAUCUUUAGAAUUUUUUUAAGUAAAAAAAAAUGAGCUCUGUCAACUGAGGUCUGUAACCUUUUGAAUUGCAAAUUUUCCUUUUAAAUAUCCCCUUGAUUAUUCAAUAUUGCUAAUAUUGUUAAGAAAAAUUACAAAUUAAUUGAUCUACAGAAAAUUCUUCAGCAAUGAUCAUGAAAAUAGUUAAUUGCGGCAUUAAAACGAACACAAGAUGUCUAAAAUUGAAUGAAAACACUUAAUAUAAAGUAGAUAAUUAUUCUUAAAGUAAAACAUUCAAAGCCUGUAUGCCACUUUAGAACAUGUUUUCUAAGGUGUUUUUGUCAUGACUGUAUUAAUAUUUCCAUGUAUUUCAAUAAA